CCGAAAGUGAAAGUUAUAUCUGUCGAAUGUAGGGGAGUACAAUGGCGGAAUACAGUAUCAGAGAUUCUGUGGCCAUUAUCCAGCUGGAUAACGCUCCUGUCAACGCUCUAAGUGUCGCUGUUCGGACGGGACUCUAUGACGGAAUCGAGAGAGCGGCGGGUGACGGCUCGGUGAAGGCAGUGGUGGUCUGCGGAAAGGGAGGCAACUUCUGUGCUGGAGCUGAUAUCAAGGAGUUCGACGAAGGAAGUAAAGGACCAUGGAUUACGGAGAUCGGUGACUUCAUGGACCGGAUGCGGAAGCCGGUGGUAGCUGCGAUAGAGGGCGUGGCGCUGGGCGGCGGCCUGGAGGUUGCGCUCUUCUGCCAUUACAGGAUCGCGGCGAAGAAUGCAAGGGUGGGCCAGCCGGAGGUGAAUAUUGGUCUGAUCCCCGGGGGCGGAGGAACUGUGCGCCUUCCCCGUGCAGCGGGCUUCAAGCAGGCGCUGGAGAUGAUCGUUACCGGAAAUCCUGUUAGGGCGGAGCGUGCUCUCAAGAUGGGCGUUCUAGACGAGGUCGUCAGUGGAAACAUACUGGAGGCCGGGAUCAAAUUCGCGCUCUCGAAGGCCCACAUCGACACCAGUCUGGCAUGUCUGCGCAAUCGCCCAGUGCGCAUGGACGGUCUGAACAUCGACACAAAGGCGGACGCUGCCCUCGCGCAUGUUAAGUCCAAGUACAAGGGCUUCGAGGCACCAAUGUUCUGCGUAAAGGCCGUCGUGAACGCAGCUCGUGUUCCAUAUGAUGACGCCAUUCAAAAGGAACGGGAAUACUUCUUUGAGCUUCGCACUUCCGGUCAGUCGCAGGCCUUGAGGUACGCUUUCUUCGCGGAGCGCCAGAUCGCCAGGUGGGGACUGCCCGGGGGUGGGGACUACAGGACUGCUCGAGCCAUACCUGUCAGAUCAGUGGGCGUGGUUGGCGCAGGAACCAUGGGGGCGGGCAUCGCACUGUGCAUCAUCACUUCCGGUCUGCCAUGCGUGCUCUUAGAGCAAAACCAGGAGUUCCUGGAGAAGGGUGUGACGUCACUACGGGGUCAGCUGAUGGGCACGGUGCGGCUGGGCAAGAUGACGGCUGGGGAGGCGGAGGUCUGCUUGUCGAGGCUGAAGCCGAGUACCAGUAUGGAGGACCUCAAGCACGUGGACAUGGUGAUCGAAGCCGUGUUUGAAGACCUGAAGCUGAAGCGGGAAGUGUUUGAGAGACUAGACAAGACGUGCAAGCCGGAAACCAUACUGUGUACAAACACGUCCACUCUCGACAUCGACUCGGUUGCCACGGCGACGGGUCGGCCAGACAAGGUGGUGGGCACGCACUUCUUCGCGCCGUCCUACCUGAUGAAGCUGUUGGAGAAUAUCUACGGCAGCCGCACGUCCCCCGAGACCGUCGCCACCGUGAUGAGGUUCGGCAAGACCAUCCGCAAGGUUCCGGUUCUAGUGGGCUCAUGCACGGGAUUUGUCGCCAACAGAAUGCUCGCACCGUACACAGCCGAGGCCCAGUUCUGUGUUGAGGAAGGGGCCAGUCCCGCUCAGGUUGACUCAGUGCUCAUGGACUUCGGCAUGCCCAUGGGAACAUUCCGGGUGUCAGAUCUCUCUGGUAUCGAUGUCAGCUUCAGUAUCCGCCGCGAGGCUGCCCGGAAGCUGGGUGUGACGCUGACGGUGGAUAGCCGCUACUUCCGUGGACAGCGCCACUGCUCGUUGAUAGAGAGACUCGUGGAGAAAGGACGACUCGGCAGAAAAACAGGUAAAGGCUGGUACAAAUACGAGGGGCCAGGCGGCACGGUGCCCCUAGAAGACCCGGAUGUACUCGAGAUCAUAGAGACGCACUGCCGAGCACUCGGCAUCGAACGCAGGAACGUCGGCUCACAUGAGAUACAGGAGCGCAUGCAGCUCGCCAUGAUUAACGAAGGAUUCAAGAUUCUGGAGGAGGGAAUAUGCACACGCGCUGAGGAGAUUGACGUCAUCUGGUUGUACGGGUUCGGCUGGCCCAGAUAUCUUGGGGGUCCCAUGUUCUACGCCAGCAAACUCGGCCUGAAACGAGUCUUCGAGAAAAUCUGCACUUUCCAUAAACGAUUCCCUCACAGCCAGCACUGGGUACCCAGUGUUCUGUUGGGGAAACUCAGCGAGAGCGGUCUCCCUUUGUCGAAGUGGGGAGAGGCUGCGGGAACCAGCAGGCUAUAGAGCGCCGCACUUCCGGUCGACAUUCAGCCGGGGACCAGCAAUUACAGGCGUCCCUGUGCGGUCAGGCUACUGGGAAAUACUGAUGGGUCUUAAUGAACCUGAUACUGUGGACUGACAUUUAUUUAAGCAGAGGAAUACAUAAGAUUAGCAUAGUCCUUUAACCCUUUCAGUGCUGGAACCGAAUUGUGAAGGCCUUUGCAAACAAUUUGGAUCCAGAUGAGACGCCACAGAACUUGGCGUCUCAUCAGGAUCCAAACUGUUUGCUAUUCUGAUAGUAUUCUUUAAAAAAAAAUCGAAGAAAAUGCUAAUUUUAGAAAUUCAGCAGACGACAUUUAAGCAGACGACAAAUUUCCCAGCAUGC